AUGUUAGGUGAACGAAAAACUGCUGUAUUACGAGGUGGCGCUCCCUGGGGUUUUCGACUCUCGGGCGGCAUUUUCACACCUGUUUAUAUUAUCAAGGUUCGAAGCCGAAGUAAAGCAGCUCACGCCGGUCUCUCAGCAGGUGAUACAAUUUUAUCUGUUAAUGGUACAUCGGCAUUUGAUAAAACUUUACUUGAACUAAAUAAUGUAAUUGGUUCUAUUCGUGAUCAACUUAUUCUCGAAGUACAAAGUGCAUUACAUCCUGAUCGGAAUCGAUUUGAUUCAUUUUCUAGUAUAGAUACAACAGACACUAGUCCUGUUCGCUCAACACAUCGCUUAACUCCACUACCGCCAAGCAUGGAUUAUUAUCAAUAUAAUUCAUUACGUGCUACACCUACUUAUCCAACAUAUACAUCAACAUCAAAUAUGAAUCAAUAUGAUAAUAAUCGAGAUCAACGUUAUAUGGACUCCUAUGGACGUUUAACAGCUAAUCCAGUGCCGACGAUAUUUCGCACGUCUUCAGUUAACUCAAAUAUGGUCGCCUCACCGGCCGCUUCAACAAGAGGACAACAACAAUUUAAUUAUCAUACAGUAUCAUCAAAUAAUGCUUACGAUACUCCACGUAAUUAUUAUGGAGCUUCGACACAUGGUUAUACUUCGGAUAGUAAUGAUCAUCGAAAUUCAUCGGUAUCUAUUCGUCCUAUUACAACUAACAAUUUGAAUGUUCCACGUGUUCAACCGCUUUAUAAAUCGCAGCCAACAGCUUAUAAUACGAAAAUUACAACAAGUAAUGAUCAAAGUUAUUAUAGUGAUUCAGAAUGUGUUGCAUCUGGUCCUCGUUAUACGAAAAUUUCACGACAAUCUAAUUCACGACGACCAAGUAAUAUUGUUUUACCCAUACGUUCAAUGACAAGUAAAGCCUAUGAUCAAUAUGUGCCACAAGAACCACCAAAACCUCAACAACAACCGUUCGAUGUCUAUCGUUAUCAACAAGAACAAGCAGCAGCAGCUGCAGCUGCUCGACAUACCAGACCACCACAGCUUAGUUUUCCAUCUCAAGAUCAACGUCGUCGAUCUGAUCAAAGUAUUGAUCAUGAAUUGGGUGCCGAAUUGCUCAAAUCACCAAUUGCAAAUAAGAAGCGUUAUGCUGAUUCAAGCUUCUUUAGUACGCCAUAUAAUACGUAUCCAACCAUUGAAGAACAAAAAAAAUUGGCUCGAAAAAUUGCCACUAUACUCGAAGGAGGCGAUCCAACUCAAAAAGGUGCUACGAAAUUUGAGAAACAACGCCAGCGAGCCGAAAAACAUUCAAUCGAAUGUGAAUCACCAUUUAAAAUGACUGCAACAAGCAAUUAUCGGCCAUUACAUCAAUUGCAUCAAAAUGAAACAGCAUAUUAUGAUACACCAGACGUACCUGAUUGUAUUAAACAUAGUUUAAGAGAGGCUCAACAUAUGAAUACUUUGAGAUAUGUCGGUGCACCCGAUGACUUUAAACAAGUUCAUAUGCAGGAACAUGUGACACAUACCAUGAUUCCGCCGCAAAUUGCUAUGAGCAUUGUUUCCGAUUUGAAUCAUAAUCGAGGUAAAGGUGCUGCUUUGUUUCAAAAACGUAAAGCCCGUUCCGAAAGAUGGGUCAUCGAUGAGAAUAAUGUGAAACGACCAGGCUAUCAAGCAACAGCAACUUAUAUUGAACCAUCAGCGAAACCAUGGGGGCAACGCGCAUCCACAUCAUGGUCUGCUGAUGAAAACCCAUUGAGUGGUCAGAAUUUUUCACCGGUUCGACAGAAAGUUAGUCUUCCUCCUCCAACACCGACGCUGCCUGAACCAAUAGCACCACAUAUGCCAGUACAAAGUGGGCCGCGAUACGGAGACUUUAAUGCCAAACCGAAGGGUUUUAGUAGUCGAAAUUUAGACAAUUUAGCAUCGCAGUCACCACGUCCAAGUAUUGAUUCACGUAAACCAUUUAAUUUAAAUUCGGAGCCAAGUAUGCGUGAAGGUGCUGCUGAAGCGCAUACACGAAAUAUAUCUCAAUCGGCGUUUUCGCCGAAUCCACAACAGAAUGAUGAUUAUUUUAAAUUUCCAUCUGACAAUAUUCUUGGUAAAUGGAAAACUCAAGAAUAUUCACCAUGGAAUCAACCACGUCCACAAGAUAAACAGCAAUCACAAGUAGCAAUGAAACGUGAUGGCGUCGAUCAAGUACGUCAACUUUUCAAUCAACAGAUUCAAUCGUUUUUAACUCAACAAAACGAGAAAAGUGCGAACAAUAAUGCAUAUUCUUCAUCUCAAGCAACAACACCGCAACAUUUCACAGAUCUUUAA